AUGGCGGACGUUGAGAUUCCAGUUAUCCCUCAAGAGGCUUCCAAGCCAGAAGAAACCCUUACAGAGAUAUUAGAGGAUACCCCUGUCACCCCCGUUGAAGCUCCCGUCGAGGGCACGGCAGAUGCUGUACUAGAGGAAUCUGCCGGAGCGGCAUCGGAAGUAGAUACCGAAACGGAGAAGGAGUCUUCAAAGAGCGCCGAUACAGAUAAACCCGCAACAGGAUCUACAAAUGGUGCCAAAAAGGAAAAUGCCAUUCCAAAAAGAGCUGGCUCAUCAGCGGCACCAAGACGUCCAGUCUCAGGUCCAACUACAACUAGGCCUCUAUCCUCUGCGACCAAAACAGCUGUUCCUUCCGCGAUCAAAACCACUGGAGGUCUGAGCAAACCCCCAACCCGCCCUGCAACUGGGUCUGUUGUGCGAAAGCCUACAAGCAGUGCAACAGGAACUGCAACUUCCAACGCCAGUCAUCGAGCUCCCUCCGCCGCUGGGACUCAUGGGACUCAUGCAGAUGAGAAAAAAUCUACCAUUCCCUCCGCACGACGGGUCUCUCUUGCACCAAGCCAUACCAACACCUCAAAGACUCCUGGGACCGCGGCUGAAGCCCGGGCCAGACCUGCCUCGAUGCACGCUAGCACCACUACGACGACCGCAAGAAAGCCUGUUGCAGCAACGACGGCAGCAGGCGGCCAAACUAGUCCAAAGGCUGUGAAGACUCCUGGUACAACUAUCAGCAAGCCAACGACUGCUUCUAGUACUACUACUACUCGUCCAGUACAUUCCUCCAAGCCUUCGAUCAAUGCUCUUAGCAGUGGGGGCACAGUUUCGGAAGCAAGAAAACGCCUUAAUGCCCUUGGUGGUGGAUCGACCAAUGCAGCAGCAAAACCAUCGAUGUUAGCAUCUACUCGCUCAGUCAGUGGUACAUCAUCAACGACUGCGGCAGCAUCCACAAAGGAAGUCGAGGAGCUGAAGACGAAAUUAGCAGAGAGCGAGUCCAAGGUUGAAGAAUUAAAGAAAGAAAUCACUUCAUCACAAGAGAAACUUCUUGAGCUUGGUCAGGCAGCUGCUGAAGAGUCGAAGAUUAUUUCAGAUGCCGAGGAAAAUAUUCGCGCAACCCACAACGAGCUUGUCGAGAAACUCAAUGCCGAUCAUAAAGCCAUUUUGGAAGGUUUGCAAGCUCAAUUAAUAGAGGCUGAGGCUGCCAAAGCAGCAGCUCAGGAAGCUUCCCUGACGGCUAUUGAAGAGGCGAAAGAAGCUGCAUCUUCUAUCGGCGCUACCGAGCACGCUGAAGCUUUAGAAAAGUUGCAGGUCGAACAAAGUGCUGCCCUGAAGGAACUUGAGGCAGAGCUAGCGGCUGCUAAGGAACUUAAUACUACCGAGCAAGCCAACGCUUUAGAGGCUGUCAUUGCCGAAUUAGCUACUGCCAAGGAGUCAAAUACCGCCGCUAUUGCUGCAGCUGCCGAGAAGGAAGCUGAGAUCACAGAUUUGAAGGUUCAACUCGAAAAGGCUAUCGCAGAAUGUACGGCAGCCACUGAAUCGUUGAAGACCUUGCAAGCCGAGCAUGAUGAGAGAGUCAAGGCCCUGGAGUCGGAUUUCGAAUCUGAAGCUAGCAAGCACACAGAUGCUCUAGAGGAGUUGAAGCAGACUUUGGCGCGUGAGCACGAUGCUGCUCUGGAGACAUUAAAGUCCGCCCAUUCAGAAGAACUUGCAAAUGGAAAUACCGAUGCUUCCUCCUACGAAUCUCAGAUCGCUGAGUUAACCGCUAAGCAUGAGGAGAACCUAACCGUUGUUCAAAAACAGCUUGAACUUCAAGCUGGCGAACAUGUAAACGCCUUGGAAGAGUUCAAGAAGAUUUUGACGGAGGAGCACGCUGUUGCUCUCGACGCACUGAAAUCUGCCCAUUCGGAAGAGCUUGCGAAGGGAAACACCAAUGCUUCCUCCACUUACGAAAUCCAGAUUGCUGAAUUGACUACGAGACACGAAGAGAGUUUAGCUGCCGUUCAAAAACAACUUGACGAAGUUCUCGAGGCUCAAAAGUCUCUUGGAUCUGCUCAUGCUGAGAAGGUAUCUUGUCUAGAGGAAGAGGUCACAAGUCUUAAGGAAAUCCUUGACAAGAAAGCCAUAAAAUUAGCAGCGUCAGAAAAUGAAAUCUUAGAAGCCAAGGCAGAGGCUGAUACUGCCCACAAAUGGUUUGCUUCCGCUCAAGAGCAAGUUGCUGAACUGACCGCGAAAUUCGAUGGCUUGCAAUCCACUGGCACCGAAUCAGAGUCCGCGCUUACGGCUGCCAGAGAAGAAUUAGAAGAAGCCAGGGAGGAGGUUGUUGCACUUCGAAAGACUUUGGAGCAGCUUGGUUCUGAUGGAAAAAACAAGGAUGAAUUACACAGCAAGAUCAAGGCGGAGCUUGCGUCAACAGUCCAGUCAUUAGAUGAAAAGACCAAGGAAAUUUCUCGGCUUUUGGAGAAACACUCAAUUGAAACUUCGACACUCAAUGAGAAGCACUUGAAAGAGUUGGAAACCAUUUCUAACGACUAUCAAAAGGAAAUUGAUGCAUUAUCAGGAGACUCUGGCAUCAGAGAUGACUUUGAUGCAUUGAAGACCAAGCAUGAAGAACUCACCAAGGCCCAUACCGAGAUUUUGGAGGCACAUCAGCAGGAACUUGAGAAAGCAAAACAAACUCACGCUGCAGCAAUUGUUGAUUUCGAUAAUAAUGAUUUGGCUCAUGAACGUGCAUUGGAGGAGCUGAAGGCAAAUCAUGCCAAGGCAUUGGACGAAGCACAUGAUCGAGCUAUUUCCGCUAGUCAUUCUUCUCAUUCUGCAGAGUUGCAACAGCUCGAGUAUAGUCAUGCUACAGCCAUUGCCGAGUUCAAGUCCGAGUUUGAGAAGACUCAUGCAAAGGCAUUGGAUGACGUACAUGACCAAGCAACAUCUGCGGCUCAUAAAGCCCACGAACAGGAGUUGGAGAAACUGACCCUUGAUCAUGCUGAAGAUAUCGCCACAUUAAAGGCUCAACAUGCUACAGCUCAAUCAACUCAUGAUGAAGCCAUUGCCGCCUUGAGGGCAGAACAGGAAGCCAGUCUUUCCACUGCGUCAACAGAAUAUGAGGGCCAAAAGGGUGCCCAAAAAGCUCACGAAGCGGAGUUGGAGAGAUUGAUUCAGAACCAUGCUGAAGACAUCGCCGCAUUGAAAGUACAGCAUGCGAAUACUCAAUCAACUCACGAUGAAGCUAUUGCCGCCUUAAAAUUAGAACACGAAACUAGUCAUGCUUCCGCCUCAUUGGACUUUGAGAAACAAAAGGCCGUAGAGAUCGAGUUGCAAGAUGAGAUAGCUAAAUCUAAACAAUCCUUACGUUCAGUACAAGAUGAGUUGGAAGCACUCAAGCAAGAUUUGGCUGCGGAGAAGAUUGCCAAGUCAAAUGCUGAGGCUGAGUUGGAGGCUGCGAGAAAUGUGAAGUUAGAUACUUCUGAACUUGAUGCUUUACGUCAAGAACUACAAGCUCUCAAGAAUCAACACGAAGCUGCUCUUGCAUCAGCCCAUCAGGAGUCGGUAAAGGCUACCCAAGAGCUUACAGCAAGCAAAUCACAGCUAGAGACAGCCAAGGCAGAACUUGAGAAGGAGAAAGCUACCCUUGAACAAAAGGUGAAGACUAGCAAGGAUGACUACAAAACCAUGCACGAGUCUAUGACGGAGCUACUUGAAGAGACUAGCAAAGAUUGUGAAACACUCGAUGCCCGUCUAAAGGAAGCCGAAUCUCAGCUCAAGGUCAAGGAUGCCGAACUUGCAGAGGCAAAGGUACUUGAACUAAUACAACAUGGUGAAAAACAAAAGACCAAGCUCUCAACUACAUCCCCACCAAAAACACCAACAUUUGGAGGACUUUUCUCUAGAGGAUUUGCCGAUACCGAUGGUAAGGAUUCCGAGGGGACGGGUGAAAGCACAGAUGCGGUGGUGACACCUGAAAGUGAGCAUGAUAAUUCAUCAGCAGCGUUAGCUUCGUUAGCAAAAGCUAGAACUACGGUUGAACAAUUGGAGAAGAUGAAUGAGGAUUUGAAGAAGGAUAAUUUGAGGUAG